AUGAGAGAGCCUGUCACCACUGAGUGUCAACACAACUUCUGUCACUCCUGCCUUCGACAAUACUGCAAGGAUCCUCAGAAGCGAUUCCCUUGCCCUUUAUGCCAACACCCUUGUCAAGGGUGGGACUUGAGCCUCAACAACCCACUGGCAAAAAUCACUAAACUCAUCCAACUCCUCCUCCUCUACAAUAACAGCAAGGAGCUGAAGCAGCCAGAGGAGCGCUUGUGUGAGAGACACAACCAGAGGCUGAGCCUCUUCUGUGGGAAGCACAUGCAGCUGUUGUGUCCUGGCUGUGUUGAGCCCCCUCAUCAUCAGUGCCAUCCCUUGAGGUCUGUGGCGGAGGCUGCCUCCCGUUACAGACAGAAGGUCAAUGUUCUCAUUAGGCCCUUCAUGAAGUAUGUAAGGAAACUGCAAGACUGUGAAUCCAUGCAAGACAGGAAACUCCAAGAUAUGAGAAAGGAAGUAGCAAAUGAGAGGCUGAAGUUGGCUUCUAAAGUAUUCCACAAGCAAGGGUUUAUGAACACAGAGCACACGGCAGCUCUCUCUAGGCUAGCUAGACAAAAGAAGAUAAUUCAGCAUAAAUACAAGACAAAUAGAAUUGCCUUUCAAGACUACAUCUACACCACUGAGGCUCUGUUCAAGGAGGUGGCAGAGAAAAGUAUGAUGCCAGAUCUGAACAUGCUGAAUGAGGCCAAGAUGAUCCAUCACAGGUGUGAGAGCUUAGAGCCCCCAGCUGUGUGUUCCUUCCAGCUAAGGAGAGAAGGAUACACUCUGCCUCCAAUGGAUUCAACCCUAGAGAAAAUUCAACAGAAAUUCAGAGCAGAAGUGACUCUGGAUCCACAUACUGCCCAUCCUCAUCUCUGUGUAUCCAAGGACAAGCGAUCUGUGACACCGAGGGAGACAAGGAGUACAGUUCUCCAGAGACAGCUGACUAAUCUAUUUGAUCUGGAAGUCCUGGGCUCUCAAGAAUUCCAUGCUGGCCGCCAUUACUGGGAGGUGCAGGUGAAUGACAAGCCCAGCUGGGCCAUAGGGCUGUAUAGCCACUCCCCAUCCAGCAGGGGGCAGCAGCAGCCAAGGUCUGGUAAGAACAGGCGCUGGUUCAUUCACCUGCAGGAUGGAGACUAUCUGGCUGUAGGUGCUCGUCCUGUUCUUCUUGCCUUGGGAGAAAAUCCCAGAAGGAUCGGGGUUUACCUGGACUGGGAGCUGGGGCAGAUUUCCUUCUACAACUUGAAUGACAACUCGCACCUCCAUUCUUUCCAGGAGACAUUUUCCCACUCACUGAAGCCUUAUUUCUGUGUGGGACCAGAUUUGAUUCCUCUUUCCCUCUGUGCAGUCAGAGGUUAG